GACCGGGGCCUCGAGCGGCGGCGUUCGCUCACAUGCAGGUCCGGGUGGGCGCAGCGCCGCUUCUCCUCCGCCUGCUCCGCGCUGGGCGGUCGGGGGGCGCUGGGCCGAAGCCCGCGGGCCAUUUCCAAGCGCGGCCCCUGUCGCCGUCCGGGGAGAGAGGGAUGAGGCUCGUCCAGUUCCGCACCGCGAGGGAGCAGGACGGGGUGAGAGUGGGAGUGGAGGAGAAGGACGGAGGGAACGUCGUCGACCUAAAUUGGUUGGACAGCUCGCUGCCCAGGACCAUGAGGGAGUUUCUGGAGAAGGGAGAGGCUGCCAUGGCAUCAGCCAGAAGAGCAGUGAAUUGUAGAACGGUCACUCUGAGCCGGUCAGAGGUAACGUUCUUGUCACCGGUAACGAACCCGGACAAGGUGGUCUGUGUGGGCAUGAACUACCUGGAUCACUGCCAGGAGCAGAAUGUGCCUCUGCCGAAGGAACCAGUUAUUUUCAGUAAAUUUGGCAGCUCCAUUGUGGGGCCCUACAGUGACAUCAUCCAUCCAGCGGAGAGCAACGAAGUGGACUGGGAGGUGGAGUUGGCGUUUGUGAUUGGCAAGAAGGGGAAACACAUUAAGAGAGAAGAGGCCAUGGAUCACGUGGCUGGCUACACAGUUGCUCAUGACGUCAGUGCCCGAGACUGGCAGCUGAAGAGGAACGGCAAGCAGUGGCUACUGGGCAAAACCUUCGACACGUUCUGUCCACUGGGACCUGCCCUGGUCACAAAAGAUGCCAUCUCAGACCCUCACAAUCUGGGUAUCCGCUGUCGGGUCAAUGGGAAAGUCAUGCAGGACAGCAACACCAACCAGCUGAUCUUUAAUACCGAGGCUCUGGUCGUCUGGAUCUCACAGUUUGUGACCCUGUAUCCCGGAGAUGUGGUUUUAACUGGAACUCCAUCUGGAGUCGGAGUAUUUAGGAAACCGCCUGUGUUUUUGCGGCGCGGCGACACAGUGGAAUGUGAGAUCGAUGAGAUUGGGACCCUGCGGAACACUGUCGUUUAGGCUGAGCUGUGAUUCUGAACCUUUCACACAAGCUUCUUGGCGAUACGUUUUUAAAAAGUUAAUUCUCCCAGCAACACAAAGCCCUGAAUCACAUCAACGAAUGGAUAAGGGUUAAAAAUAUAAUAAAGGAUAAAGUUUAUGAAAUAUUCAUCACUUUUAAUCUGCGAGUUCUGAAUUUAUUCAGCUGCUUUUAAAUAUAUGUUUCAACUUCCACUUUUCUCAAAGGUAAAAACACAUGAUCUUUUAUCAAAUGUAAAACAGAUGAUGUGCUGACGGGGAACCUGAGAUUAAACAGCACAACAAUGUACAUCAAUAAAACAAUCAAUAAAAAAAAA